CGCCCGGCGGGUGAGCGACAAGCGGCGCGGCCCAAUGAGAGGCCCGCCGGACCGCAGCCCGCCAAUAGGGGCCGGGGGAGGGCGGGACCUUAACUUGAACUUUAUCUGGGCAUGUGACAUGGUUUUAAAAGGACUUGGCACCUUUCCUUCCCCCUGCUCUGUGUCCCUGGGAGCCGGAGCGAGCGCCGGGCAGGAGCUGGCCGCCGGCUGUCCAUGCCCCGGGGGAUGGUGCUUUUCCUCCCUGGCAUGUGAAGCCACCAGCACUUUGUGGCCUGGAUGUUGGAUCUAGCUUAUGCCAUCACAGAAUAUUCUUACAAAAUUGACUGACAAGUUAUAAAUUAAGCGUUUGGUCACUGAAAGAUGAGUGAGAGACUUUACAGGGGGAACACCUUAAAUUAAUUAUGGAGACGAAGGGAUACCACAGUUAUCCAGAAGGCUUAGAUAUGGAGAAACGGUGGAGUCAAGUUUCUCAAUCUGCAGAGUACUCUUCUCUAGGUGCUGGGGAGCAGACUGAUGAGAGUAAUUAUAUGGAGAUUGUAAACGUAAGCUGCAUUACUGGUGCUUUUCCAAACAGUAACGCUCAAGGAAAUGGUAAAGAAAAACCUGAACUACUCGCUUGCCUGCAGCAAGACAGUAAUCAGCCUGGUAUUUUAACCUCUGACAUCAAAACUGAGUCAGACUCAAAGGAACUUUCAGCAACUGUGGCUGAAUCCAUGGGUUUAUAUAUGGAUUCCAUACGAGAUGCUGAUUAUACCUAUGAUCAACAAAAUCAAGGAAGUCCAGGAAAGAUAUAUCAAAAUGUUGAGCAGCUGGUAAAGUUCUACAAGGAAAAUGGCCAUUGUUCCUCUCCCUUAAACAAUGCGACUAGGCCAUUGAGAUCUUUGAUGUCAGACUCUGGAAGUUCUGUGAAUGGUGGUGUCAUGCACACUAUUAUCAAAAGCCCUAUAAUGUGUCAAGAGAAAAGUCCUCCUGGCUGUAGUCCUCAAAACAUGACUUCUUCAGUUUGUAGUCCUGCUGGAAUCAACUCUGUGUCCUCAACUACUACUAACUUUGGAAAUUUUGUAGUGAACAGCCCAAUCAACCAGGGAACUCCUUUGUCAUGCUCACCUAACAUUGAAAACCGGGGCUCUAUGUUGCACAGUCCUGCACAUGCUAGUAAUGUGGGGUCUCCACUUUCUAGUCCUAUAAGUAGCAUGAAAUCACCAAUUUCAAGCCCUCCUAGUCACUGCAGUGUGAAAUCUCCAGUCUCAAGUCCUAAUAAUAUAACUAUGAGAUCUUCUGUGUCCAGUCCUGCAAAUAUGAACUCAAGGAGCUCAAUUGCCAGUCCUUCCAAUGCCAAUAACAGGUCCACUCUUUCUAGUCCAGCUGUUAGCACUGUGGGAUCGUCUAUCUGUAGCCCAGUAAACAAUUCCCUAGGAUUUUCUGCUGCUGGUACCCCCGGUGGACUUAGCAGAGGCCAAGAUACUGUUCCUAGUCCAGAAACAAAAGACAAAGGUGCUCAAGAAAUCACAUUUCCUAAAAUGGAGGAGAUAGAGAAUGCCAUCUCAAACAACGGUCAGAUGAAUCUUGCUCAGUUUAUAAAACCUGAACCAGAUGGAACAUUUGGUAGUGCAUGUAUUGGAGAAAACAGCAAAAUCAAUUCUGAUUCUCCAUUUUCAGUACCAGUAAAGCAAGAAUCGGCUAAACAUUCUUGUUCUGGUGCCUCCUUUAAAAGGAAUCCAAUGAUAAAUCCAUUUCCAUUUUCAGAUGGUUCAUACUUUUCUUUUAUGGAUGACAAAGACUAUUAUACCCUUUCUGGGAUUUUAGGACCACCUGUUUCAUCAUUUGAUGGCAGUUGUGAAGGCAGUGGGUUCCCAAACCCAGGCCUACCUGUGGGAAUUAAACAGGAGCCUGAUGAUGGCAGCUAUUAUCAAGAGAACAGAUUGCCAUCCUCUGCCAUUGUCGGUGUGAAUUCAGGUGGACAGUCAUUUCACUACAGGAUUGGAGCUCAAGGCACAAUAUCUUUAUCACGACCUGUUGCUAGAGAGCAGACUUUUCAGCAUUUGAGCGCAUUUCCUCCAGUCAGUACGCUAGUUGAGACGUGGAAAUCACACCCUGAUUUGUCAUCCAGAAGAAAUGAUGGGUAUCCAGUUCUAGAAUACAUUCCAGAAAAUGUGUCAAGUUCUUCAUUGAGAAGUGUAUCAACUGGAUCUUCAAGACCCUCCAAAGUUUGUCUGGUGUGUGGGGAUGAGGCAUCCGGAUGUCAUUAUGGUGUGGUCACCUGUGGCAGCUGCAAAGUUUUCUUCAAAAGAGCUGUGGAAGGGCAGCACAAUUACCUGUGUGCAGGACGGAAUGACUGUAUAAUUGAUAAGAUUCGAAGGAAGAACUGCCCAGCUUGCCGAUUACAGAAAUGUCUACAGGCUGGGAUGAAUUUAGGAGCCCGAAAGUCCAAAAAGUUGGGGAAGUUGAAAGGGAUGCACGAAGAACAGUCACAACCUCAACCGCAGCAGCAGCAGCAGCAACCACCACCCCAAAGCCCAGAGGAAGGGACUACAUACAUUGCUCCUGUAACAGAGCCAUCUGUAAACACAGCACUUGUUCCCCACGUAUCUAUUUCACCAGCACUUACUCCAGCUCCUGUUAAGAUUCUUGAAAGCAUUGAACCUGAAAUUGUGUAUGCAGGAUAUGACAGCUCAAAACCAGACACAGCAGAGUACCUGCUUUCCACUUUAAACCGCCUUGCUGGCAAGCAGAUGAUUCAGGUGGUAAAGUGGGCAAAGAUACUUCCAGGAUUUAGAAACUUGCCUCUUGAGGACCAAAUUACUCUAAUCCAAUAUUCAUGGAUGUGUCUAUCAUCAUUUGCCUUGAGCUGGAGAUCCUAUAAACAUACAAACAGCCAAUUCCUGUACUUUGCACCUGACCUGAUCUUUGAUGAGGAACGGAUGCGCCAUUCUGCUAUGUUUGAACUUUGCCAGGGAAUGCACCAGAUCAGCCUGCAGUUUGUUCGCUUGCAACUUAGCUUUGAAGAAUACACCAUCAUGAAAGUUUUGCUGCUAUUAAGCACGGUUCCCAGAGAUGGUCUCAAAAGCCAAGCUGCAUUUGAAGAAAUGAGGGCAAAUUACAUUAAAGAACUGAAGAAGAUGGUAACUAAAUGUCCAAGUAACUCUGGGCAGAGUUGGCAACGAUUCUACCAACUGACUAAGCUUCUUGACUCCAUGCAUGAUCUUGUUACUGACUUAUUGGAAUUCUGUUUCUACACCUUCCGAGAGUCUCAGGCACUGAAAGUUGAGUUUCCAGCCAUGCUGGUGGAAAUCAUCAGUGACCAGCUACCAAAGGUGGAGUCUGGGAAUGCCAAGCCUCUGUACUUUCACAGGAAGUGAUGGAAAAUGUCUUAAUGGAUGAACUUUGCCUUAAGUUUCCCUGUGUUAUUCCACACUCAUGAAGGACCCAAGAAACCACAAUUAAACAUGCUAUUUACACUUGUUCAACAGUCUCUGAAUAGUAGAAAAUCAUGUGAAGGGUUUGGGGAUUGGAAGGCAGUUGACCUGGAUCUGGCAAGACCUAGAUGUCUGGAAAUUAUCCCCUUUAUACUCAAAACACUUAGGAAGUGUUCCCGUUCCUCUGGAUGAAAAGCCAUAUCUAGUCAAUAACUCUUUGAUUUUGAUAUUUUAACAGAUGGAAGUUUUAAAUAUGCCAUGUAGUUUCUGGUAUUGUUUGCUUGUUUUAAAAGGGUUCAAGGACUAAUACGAACUUUUUAAAGCUUACCCUUGGUUUGCACAUAAAAUGUCAAGACAAUAUGGGGCAUUAAUAUUCUUUUCUUGUAAAAAAAAUAUAUACAAAAACCCUAAUGUGUAAAGUAAUAACAGAACAUUUGGUGUGGAAUACUCUUGUUAUCCCCACCUGAGGCAUUUGUUAUCCCAUGUUAUCCAUCAUAGGUGAUAAUACACUGUGUUAAGUGUCCAUUUACUAUUUAAUUAAAAAGGAUAAGAUGUUAAAACAAAUGCCCCAGUUUCCAUUUAUAGUAUCUAUUGUGCUGGCUUUACAAAUAAUUUUUCGCAGUCUUGCUGUACUGUACAUUGCUGUAUGUAUAAAUUGUGAAGGACCUGAAAUAAGGUGUAAGGAACUUUUGUAAAUGAGACAAAAAAAUCUUUAAUGGUUAAUAGGAUGAAUGGGAAAGUAUUUUUGAAAGAAUUCUAUUUUGCUGGAGACUAUUUAAGUACUAUCUUUGUCUAAACAAACAAGGUAAUUUUUUGUAAAGUGAAAUGUUCUGCAUGCAUAAUGAACCGUUUACAGUGUAUUUAAGAAAGGGAAAGCUGUGCCUUUUUUAGCAUCAUAUCUAAUCUACCAUUCUACAGUGUCUGUUGUAAAUACCCACAUUUAAACCUUUUUCAGUUGUAUUUAAACCUUUCUACUUUUCUGUACAUUUUUCUCCUUUUUGUCUACUGCUUGCCAAGUGUAUGUGACUUGACCACAUUUUAGGAAUUCUGCUUUGGAUUUCUGUAGAAACCUACAUUAUGUCACGUUUGCAACUUUAUGGAGGUUUCAUUUAACAAGACAAAUUGCAGUCUCCCAAAAGCUUUUGCCAGCUAUAUGAUAAAGUGAGCUUUCCCCUGUACUCCUUUACUCAAAGGGUAAGAGUAAAUCAUGAAAUGUUGAAUAAUUUUGGGGGAAAAAAAUAAACCUUCCCAAAUUCUUUACUUUUUCCUUUUACAACUGAAUGCAUACAACGUCUUAAAGGUCAGAUUACAACUUCUGAUUGUGCAGCGGGAGAGUGAGCUCUGAGUAUGAUGAAGGGAACGUGCAAAUCACUACAGUAAGUAAACUAGACAGAUAUGGAUUGGUGAAGCUGAAUGGCAAGAUGCUGAUACUGGCAGAUUAUCUAGGUAGGGUUUCAGUGAUAAAUUUCAGUGAUAAAUACAAUUGCUGUUUUAAUAAAAAUCAGACUUAAGUAUGAACAGGGAGAAAUAUUCACACUAAAAGUUGAACUUGAGGUUUUUCUCAAAAUUGUUGCGUCUGCGGUCCAACCUUUCUUGGGGCAAUUUGCAUCAUUUCACAGUUUAUAAAUAAAAAGAAUAAUGUUGGAGUAGAAGAAAGGACCGUGAACUCCUCUGAAGUUUACUAUGUGCUCAGUUAAGUAGAAGAGAUUUUCAGAGUUAGAAUUCCUAACUGUCCUGGCUGGACAACGCUGACAUUUUUAAAAUGCAUCUCUUUGAGCCAAUCCGAAUGGAGCAUUUUUUAACCAGGUUAAAAAUAAAUAAAUAAAUAAAUAAAUAAAAAAUCACACCCCCUUUUUGAUUCUAAUCUCUGAAGCGAGACCCAAUCAACACUACUUGUCUUUUUAAAUGACACCUGCCUUAUGCAAUGGAUAAUCUGUACAGACUGUAUUCAAAGAGGGGGUUUUUAUAUCUGUUCACACGCACAUGCAUAAAUUAUUCAGUUUUGGACAUUUAAUUCAUAAGCAGGUGUUUAAACAGUCAACUGACCUGCACAGCAAUAUGAAACCCAAACUUCCAACGUGAAAUACACAGAAUGCAGACCGGUUGCUUACUGUAAAGAACAGUCAUAAAACCAGCCUUUCGUUUGCUUUUUCUUAAAAACAACAAGCCUAAAAUUGUAUAUUCUAAGCCAGGUUCUGGAUGAAUACAGUCGGCAGUAGCUUUUUAUAUUAACAAAGUUACUGGCUCUUUUUCUGUCUCUAAGUAACUUUGCUUAAUUAAACUAGCAAAGCCAUAUUCUAUACUUCACUGUUAAAUGCCUGUCCCGAGUCCAAAUUAUCUGUUUGCUCUUAUUUUUGUACCUUAUUGCUUUAAUCUUGGUUUGGUACAAUUCAUAAUUCACAGAAACUUCAUACAAUUAAUCACACUAAAUUAGUUUUAAAAAAGCAAUUUUUAUCUUUAUGCAAAAACGUAUGUCUGUCUUUGCAAACAAUUGUAAGCAGAUUACAAUAAAUCCUUUACUUUAAUCACCUGUUGUUUAUGAAACCAUUCAUUGAUUUUUGUUAAAAAUCACUUAAGUAGUGGAUAUAAUUGGAUAUAGAUGUUCUAAGAGGCAGUAUUCUCUUAUCCAGAACACUUAAGCAGAAUAGCCAUCUCACUUUUUUAUUGAAAAGAAAUGUACAGCAAAAAUAGUUUUUAGCUACAACAAAGAGGUUAAAGUAUUUUAAAUUUGUUUAGAAUGAAAUAGGCAUCUGUCUCCUGCAAAAUAAAAAAAGAUAAACUUCAAAAUGUCUGUUGUAAAAAUGGACUUAUGUUGAUUGAGCUAAUUUAUUUUGUUGCAAGGAAAAAUGGGGAUAUACAGCAAAAACAUUGUAUACACAAUUAAAAAUGUAAAAUAGUUUUAAUGAUGUACUUCAGUUGGUAUUUCAGAAAUACUACAUCACAUUGUGUAACUAUUUAGUUGCACAAAGUAAAAUAGAAGAAGACUAAAGUUUGCAAUAUCAGAAUCUUAUUAAAAGAUACUUUACAAUCAAUAAUGCAAAAAGCUAAUUCACAGGGUGGUGUUUUCACUGACUUGUUUAAACCAUUUAUGAAUUUAAACAAUUCUACAGUUAAUGCACUUUUAAUUGUUUAUUAAAGAUUGGACUUUUCCUUUGGUUUUUUUUUUUUUAGAGCAAUGUUUUCAGCUGGAGGUCAAUGACUUGAUAAGAUAGACAGCCGUUCUGAGGCCAGGAAACUCAGUGGAAUGUUUAAGAAUUCUUGACGUUUAAAUAGAUUCCUGGAUGAAAAAUAAAAGCAGCCAGCAGUAUGGUGUAAACAGUAAAAUCUAUGCAUAAUGAUGCAUUUAUAAUUAGGGGUUUGCUUCUGUAUGUUAAAGCUUUUUAAAUAAAUAGAAAAUAUUGUUUGGUCUUUAUGUUAAUGUCUGCAAGUACCUAUUAUUUUUUUUUUAUAUAUAAAUUGUACAAAUAUACAUGAAUUAAAAUGGUUUGAUUGCAA